AAAAUCACGUUAACGCUGUCAUGGAAAGGAAAUUUCAUUCCGCUGCAUGCUUUUUUAUUUCAGAAAUAAAAAAUCAAACAAAGGCAAUUAAAUGUUUUAUUGCGACUUUCGGCCCCAGUUGAAUUCGUGCUUAAAAAUAUGCCAUCAAACUCCAUCGGAGGCGUCAUAUUGUCAUUUUUGUGCGACGAAGAUGCUGAAUUAAAAAACUCACCGAUAACAACGCGCGUUCCAAACCGUUCGUCAUACCGUAACUGAAAUGAGUGACAAUUGUUGACAGCUUCUUAUCUUUUCCUUAUGCCUCCCGUCGCGGCACGGAAUUUCGCAGUAUCGAAUCGAGCCAUGUGAAAAACACACGCGCGUCGAUCCUCAGAUAUCAAUCGCGUAAUUCUCCCGCUUGACUUAACGCGUUGUUUAGACGAAGCACGCGCGCGAAGUAGCAGCGACGCAGCAGCGACGAGAGAGAUCAACGUGAACUCGCGGUUCGUAUUUCAGCUCCUCCGGAUCCUCGAAUCUCGAGCAAGUCUGUAAGGGCAGACCUGCCGGAGUGAGUCGAUGACCGAGAUAUUAAAAGUAAGACACAUGAACAAAUGAUGGAAGAGGGUAUAAGUCGGUCGAUGGAGCGUAAACUAUAGCUGACAAGUCAUUCACUGCAAGUGACAGGUGUGUACAUAUAGUCUUUAUCUCUUUAUAUGCAGCCAGACUUGAAUAAUCGUGAAAAUAUUGAUGUCAAGUGAAAACUCGAAUUCAAUUAACAUUCGAACGCGCGUAUUCCCGUGAUAUAACGACGAAGCCACGUCGUUCCCGCAAUUUCGCGAAAACGUUUCCAUUAGAGGCCCAGUGGCGCUCAUGAGUGUGACAAUUAGACUUGUUAAGAGUCGUGACACUCGGGUCUUUUAACUGUUUCUUCUUUCCCGCGAUUUCGCGGGGACUUUCGUUAAAAUUCAAAUGACCUUCGAAUGAAAUUAGUAGGAAUCAAUGAAUCGAAUGAAUUUUCAAAUCGUUUGUCUUUGUGCAUAUGUUAAACUGCCUUUUCUUCUAUUCUUUUUUUUCAAUUAACCUCAUCGCUUAUCAAGCGAUCCGAGUCGAAUCGAAUAUAAUCCCGUUCGACUUCGCUCCCUGAUUACAAUCAUUGGCAUCAGCAUUGCGUUGGAAAGCACGGAUCGCGCAUGAGCAGUUGCAUAUUCCGAACCAAAGUGUGAAACCAAAGUAGAUUGCACAGAAUUGAAAAGAGACAAAGGCAUUACACACACCGCUUGAAAUAAGAAUUUCAGUCGAUUAAUGCCCGACACUGGUUGAAACGUAUCUGCGUCAAAUAGGAAGACACUGGGCAAUUCGCGGCAAGUAAUUUGCAUACACGCGUAAGCGGAUGAUAGCACUUGCAAUUGGGCUAAAUCGAUAGCUAAUUGAUAGCAAAUUGAUUAAUUGCCGUGCCUCGUGCACGUCGCGAAGGACGCCGAAAGCGCGUCGUCAGUCGACCACGGCCUAAGAUGAAGAGCGCACUACCUCUGGUAGUUUUGCUUCACCUGUGUUGGAAUUCUCUCCCGGAAGUAUGCUCCGGUACAAGUUUGUUCAACGAGAAUGUCAACAAUUGUACUGUGACGCCGAGACUCAUUCUACCCGAUCAUUAUGUUAAAGAGAUAAGACCACCAUCGGCAAAGGACGCGCCUGUAGUAGUGAACUUUAACAUUUUAGUGGUUGACAUUAAUUCGAUCAAUGUUGAAGAUAUGGACUUCCGUGUAGACAUGUUCGUCAGUCAAAGUUGGAUGGAAUCUCGACUUAACAUGCCUCAGGACAUAUUCGAAGAGGACGACGACUACGUUAUACUUCCGCCAGAAUUCUUCGACAAUCUUUGGCAGCCGGAUCCGUACUUCUUGAAUUCAAAAGUGUCCGAGAUCGCGACCUUGAACCACAAGUUUUCCCUGGUCACGUUAUACCGGAAUAAAACUGUUAAGUAUUCCGCGCGAAUUAAUGCCAUUGUCGCGUGUCAGAUGGAAUUUCAAUUGUAUCCGAUGGACAUCCAGAUCUGCCCGAUUUAUAUAGAAAGCUUUUCCUACAAUAGAAAGAAGCUACACUUAAAAUGGGGCGCAGGCGGUGUCACGGUAAAUCCCGAGCUAAAGUUGUUGCAAUACGACUUCGGGAAGCCUGCGGUAUUCGAGGAGAUCAUAGAUUACAUGUUGGAGAAAAACGGAAAUUUUUCAAGAUUGGUCGUCUUCUUCCGCUUCGAGAGACAAAUCGGUCACCACUUGAUACAAACGUUCGCACCGUCGAUGUUGGUAGUAAUGCUCUCUUGGUUCAGCUUCUGGCUGGGUCUGGAUGCGAUUCCUGGUCGAGUGGCUCUUCUGGUCACGAGCAUGCUUACCCUGGUAACGAUGUUCACGGGUCUUAAGAGCGACAUCCCGCCGGUAGCGUACAUCAAGGCGUUGGACGUGUGGAUGGCUGGCUGCAUGAUGUUCGUAUUCGCGGCUCUGGGCGAAUUCGUCGUGGUCAAAGUGCUUGACUUGCGACAUGUCGAAAACGAUUCGCAGAGUUUCAUAGGAUCUCGCUUCUUUUCGCGAUUUACAGCGAUAGAAAAGAGGCAAAGCAUUUGGGAUAAUGAAUUUGUUUAUGUAAAUAAACCGAGAAACAAGCAAAUUAGCAAUCGAUACCUACUGCCAACGGUAUGGCUAGAUGCUGAAUGUCAGAUGAUGCAGUCGCGUAAGACACGCUCUCAGAAGAUCGAUUGUUACAGCAGAAUUGUUUUUCCGAUACUCUUUCUGCUUUUCGUCGUUACAUAUUGGCCGAUAGUGUUGCUGAAGAAGGCGCCAUAAUGAACGAGACAAGUC